AUCAUCCGCGCCCCGCGGACAUGUAUUAUUGAUGCGCUAACCUAUUCGAGCAACGCUCGGCGACUCGUUUCGAGCAAAGUGAGAUUUGCAACAGUGACCGGUACAACCGCGCGCGUCGCGCCCGGGUGAUCAACCACGAGGAGCGACCACGCGGCCGUUGUCGCGUCACGUUAGAAUUGCGUUGCACCGCACUACGCCGCACCGCCGAGUCCGCCACUACCACCACACCACGACAACGACGACGACGACGACGACGACGACGACGACGACGAGGACGCUCGGCCACCGACGUCGCGCCGCAACGAGCGUUUGCCCGCGCGCAGCUGUCAUUCGCGCGUCGCCCGUCGCCGCCGUCGUCGACGUUCGAUCCGGAGUGCGUGCGAGGAACGACAAUCGUCGCCUUCAUCGUGCAUGCUGCUCGCGCGCGUCGCGGUCCCGACCCCCCGUCGAUCGCCGCGUCCUCGACCCGGCCUCUUCCCGCUGCUCCAACAAAAGCAACUGUGAUAUAUGGAUGAAAGACGAGUCGCUAGAUGGUAAAGCGUGAAAGAUUGGACUGUGCCAAGUCCAAAGAAAAGAUCAGUGAUUUGAGGGAAGGAACGCGACAGUGUCCACCACGGCUUUCACCGAGAUGGUUGGAUUGGCGGGCGGGGGAAGUCAUUUGUAUCCCUCGCCCCCCAUGCAACCAAACCCAGAGUUGAGAGAGAUGACUGGAAUAGCACCUAGUGCACCAACCAGUGCGGACGCCUGCUUAAGUAUUGUGCAUUCAUUAAUGUGUCAUCGUCAAGGUGGUGAGAGUGAAGGUUUCAGCAAACGAGCAAUAGAAUCGCUUGUGAAAAAACUGAAAGAGAAGCGUGACGAGCUGGACAGCUUAAUUACUGCAAUAACCACUAAUGGUGCACAUCCAAGCAAAUGUGUUACUAUCCAAAGAACUUUGGAUGGUAGACUGCAAGUGGCAGGUCGGAAAGGUUUUCCUCAUGUGAUCUAUGCUCGCAUCUGGAGAUGGCCGGAUUUGCACAAAAACGAGUUGAAACAUGUGAAAUACUGCCAAUUUGCUUUCGACUUAAAAUGCGAUUCCGUUUGCGUGAAUCCUUAUCACUACGAGCGAGUGGUAUCACCGGGCAUAGACCCGUUCUUUACAGACCUAUCUGGCCUGACUCUGCAAUCUGGCGUGGGUGUUGGACCCGGCGGAAGACUGGUUAAGGACGAGUACACGGUUGGUGGCGGUGGCACCGCUGCCGCAGCGGCUGCCGCGGUUGGUUCCGCGAUGGACGUGGACGGCGAAAUGAAUCAAACGAUUCAGCAUCAUCCACCGGCUCAGCCAACUUCCUCGAACAAUGCACAACAAGCCCAGCAGGGCUUUAUACCGGGUUUACCACCACCCAACCCGACCAGUACUGAGGGUAUGUUUAGUGCCAGUGGGGGCGGCAAUAAUGGUAAUCCCCAUGCUAAACUGGACGACAAUAAUUGCCCCAGACAAACCUGGAUUCCCACGCCUCAUCACUCGGCAGGCCGUAACAUGCAUCAUCCAGUAGUACAUCCAAUGAGUCACACCGUAGGUAGCCAGCAACAGUCGCUGAAUGCUGCGUCGAGUGGAACGUCCGGUGCGCAGAUUCUUAGUCCCGCACAAGGACAAUCGACCGCCGAUACGUUCUACAGCACUACUACACCCCCACAGGAUAUAAACCAACCCCCGACAGUCGACGCGUUAGCGGCUUCUCUGGGUGAAGGACAGAGCUCUCCUGUGUCGCCUGUGCACCUUCAUCAUCCCAACGGCUUUCCUGUGGGUACAGCACCGUACAAUUCUGGUGCGCCACAAUGGACUGGUGCAAAUACUCUCACGUAUACUCAGAGUAUGCAACCACCAGAUCCUCGACAUCUUCACACAACGUCAUAUUGGGGUAGCCAUGGAAAUGAUGUUAGUGGAAACAUCGGAGGAUUGCUCUCUACGCAACCAGCACCAGAAUAUUGGUGUUCUGUCGGUUAUUUUGAAUUGGAUAUCCAAGUCGGUGAAACGUUUAAAGUUAGCAGCGGUUGUCCCACGGUCACCGUGGACGGCUACGUGGAUCCGAGCGGCGGUAACAGAUUCUGUUUAGGUGCCUUGAGCAACGUGCACAGAACGGAACAGAGUGAACGGGCGCGUCUUCAUAUAGGGAAGGGCGUUGUAUUGGAUUUGAGGGGUGAAGGCGACGUUUGGUUGAGAUGCCAGAGCGAACACAGCGUCUUUGUCCAAUCUUACUAUUUAGAUAGAGAGGCGGGUCGGGCACCUGGUGAUGCAGUACACAAAAUCUAUCCUUCAGCAUAUAUUAAAGUUUUCGAUCUAAGGCAAUGCCACAAACAGAUGCGAGGCCAAGCUGCCACCGCUCAAGCCGCCGCAGCAGCACAAGCUGCAGCUGUCGCAGGCCAUCUCACACAUGGAGCGCCUAUCACCAAAAGUCUCAGUGCGGCUGCGGGAAUUGGAGUCGACGAUCUACGAAGACUUUGUAUUCUGCGUUUGAGUUUUGUUAAAGGAUGGGGUCCAGAUUAUCCGCGGCAAAGUAUAAAAGAAACGCCAUGCUGGAUUGAGGUGCAUCUACACAGAGCGCUUCAAUUACUGGAUGAAGUGUUGCACACGAUGCCUAUCGAUGGACCGCGAGCAAUCGAAUAAUUUCUUUCGAUUCGAAUCAUGAGAGACAGGGAGAGCAUCACAAUGUUGUUGCUGAAAUCGAGUGCGCAAGUGUUACAUUGUUUGAACGAUCAUACAAGUAAUUUUGGCUUGGGAACGCGAGUGGAUAAACCGGACGGACCAAAUUCAUCAGACGGAAAUGAUCAAACGAUUGUAACGUGAAAUUUGGCCGGGAGCUCGGGGAAGAGAUCUUAUACGGAAGCUAUUUAUAUAUUUAACGACUCGUGAUAUAAUAACCUGUGUAGGACAGGGGUUCCCAAACUCUCCGACGUCCAUGUUACAAAUGACCCAUAGAUAGAAUAUCUAUAUUCUAAAAUUCUAUAGACUUUGCUUUUCUUAAUAGUGUACAUAAUGUAAUUCAUUUCUAUUUUUUUAUUUGCAAAUAACUUUUCUUAGAUAUUCGAAA